AGAGAGACAUCUGCAUUGGAUGUGGUUUAGAGAAGACGACGUCUUUUCAUCGCUUAAUUUUUCGUUUGUUUUUCCUUUGAUGUCUGUCCGUUUGGAAGCGUGAAGCCUCUGUUUUGUCCAAAGAUGGAUCGUGCUGUGUCUGGGAUUUUAUUAUGUCUUCUUUCGUGGGAUUUAUCCUCCGGUCAGAUCGCGUAUUCCGUCUCAGAAGAAGUGAAGGAGGGCACUGUUGUCGGGAACGUGGCUAAAGAUCUUAACAUCAACGCGCAGGAUCUGGAAGCGCGCAUGUUUCAGAUUGUCUCUAAUAAGAAGCAUUUUGGGGUGAAUCUGAAGACGGGAGCUCUGUUUGUGACCGAGAGGAUUGAUCGAGAAGCGCUUUGUCCCAAAGCCCAGAGAUGUUCAAUGCAUAUAGAGGCCAUGGCUCAGAAUCCGCUGAGGCUGUUUCGUAUCGAGGUAAAUAUAAUGGACAUCAACGACAACGCCCCAUUGUUCUCGGUUAGCAACCAAAUACUGAAUAUAACCGAGUUAUCUGCGCUAGGCGAGAAAUUCACUCUGCCAUUGGCUGAAGAUCCAGACACGGGCAGCAAUACGGUGAAGAACUAUAAAUUAAGCCCGAACGAGCACUUUUCUCUGGAUGUACAAAACGGAGAGGACAGUGCUUCAGUCGAGUUGGUGCUGAAGAAAGCUUUAGAUCGCGAAACACAGCCUGUGAUUCACCUAAUACUGACUGCUCUUGAUGGAGGAAAGCCUCCGUUAUCUGGGACGUUGGAGAUCGUUGUCAAUGUUUUGGAUUUUAACGACAACCCUCCAGUUUUCAGCCAAUCGCUUUACAAGGUGAAAGUGAACGAGAACGCUCCGUUUGGAGCCCAAGUCUUAUCACUCUCAGCAACAGAUUUGGACGAAGGUGUCAAUGGUGAAAUUGUAUUCGCUACAGUGAGGCAAGGCAGCGCUAAAGGCUCAGAUCUGUUUUCAGUUGACCCUGAAAGUGGCGUCAUCACAGUGAAAGGCGAACUCGACCAUGAGCAAAACGCUGCCGUUGAGCUGAGAGUGGAGGCUAAAGAUAAAGGUCAGCCCCCUAAAAGUUCCCAGUGUAAAGUAUUGGUUGAAAUUGUUGACGUGAAUGACAACCCACCAGAGAUAGAGGUGACGUCACUCACCAAUACUGUGAAGGAGGACUGUAAAGAAGGAACAGCAGUGGCUUUAUUUACAGUGUCAGACAAGGAUGGAGGUAGAAAUGGAGUAGUGCAUUGUAGCAUUUUGGGCCACGUACCAUUCAAGAUAGAGUCCUCUUACAGAAACUACUAUUCAUUGGUGGUAGAUGGGCCACUGGACAGGGAGAAGGUUGCUGUAUAUAACAUUACCAUCAAAGCCACAGAUGAAGGUACACCACCACUGUCUACCACCAGUGUCCUGUCUGUUCACAUUGCUGAUGUCAAUGACAAUGCGCCCCUUUUUCCAGAGCCCAUAAUGAACAUUUAUGUUAAAGAAAAUAGUCCAGCUGGGGUUGUGAUAGCAAGUGUGAGAGCAUUAGACAGGGACGUUAAUGAGAACGCUCAGAUAUCAUAUGCUUUACUUAGUAAAGGAGGCAUAAACAUCCAAUUCUUAGACAUAAACUCAGAAAAUGGUGACAUCUAUAGCAAACAGUCAUUCAAUUAUGAGGAAAUCAAAUCAAUCCAAGUUCAAGUCCAGGCCACUGACUCUGGAGCUCCUCCACUCAGUAGCAACGUGACUGUGAACGUGUUUAUCCUGGAUGAGAACGACAACAGUCCAGUGAUCUUACCUCCUUACUCUGAGGCUGGGUCAGUAAACACCGAGAACGUCCCCUACUCUGCUGAAGGGGGCUACUAUGUGGCUAAAAUCCGAGCUGUAGAUGCUGAUUCUGGUUAUAAUGCGCUGCUGUCUUAUCACAUCACUGAGCCUAAGGGGACUAAUCUGUUCCGCAUUGGAAGCAGCUCUGGAGAAAUCAGGACUAAGAGGCGAAUGAGUGACCACGACCUGAAAACCCACCCACUUGUUGUGAUGGUAUGUGACCAUGGAGAACCUUCACUAUCAGCUACAGUGACUGUCGAGGUUGUGGUGGUUGAAAGUCUGGACAGCGGGCAGCCUUCCCUAAGACAAGUGCCGAUGAAGGAGGAGGGCUUCUCUGAUCUGAAUCUGUAUCUGCUCAUCGCUAUUGUCUCAGUGUCGGUGAUCUUUCUGCUGAGCCUCAUCGGUUUGCUAGCGGCUAAAUGCUGCGGGUCAGAGGGCGGUUUGAGCAGGUGCAGCGGUCCAGUGGUCACUACACACCCUGACGGGAGCUGGUCUUACUCUAAAGCCACUCAGCAGUACGACGUGUGCUUCAGCUCAGACACGCUGAAGAGUGACGUCGUGGUUUUCCCCUCGCCGUUUCCGCCUGCAGACGCAGAGCUGAUCAGCAUUAAUGGAGGGGACACUUUCUCUCGGACACAGACUCUCCCCAGCUCUGGGAAGGUAAGGGCUUUCACUGGCUUUGCAGGUUGGGUAUGCAAGCGUUUGCUGCGUUGCCAUUUCUUGCUGAUACUUGCGAGUUUUUGACCAGUUUAGUCACAU